UUUUUUAAAUAAAUGGAGGCUGCCUAGUUUUAACUUGCAUAAGGAAAAGAUGAGAAGAACAGUGCUUAGCAUAUGCACAUAUCCCAGACAAACGAAUACUUGCCCCAAAUCAGGGAGGGCAAGAAGCUUAUUUCAACCCAGGCUAGGAAGUAUACUGGCACUGCAGUAUGCAGCACAGUUAUACUGACAGCAGGGUGAGCCCUGUGACAGUGUUUAUUACUCAAGCUAAGAUGGAGAAAAAGUGCUCUUUUAGGAGAGAGAAAUGCAUUUUGUGCCUCAGCUAGUGCCAAACAGUGAUUUUUGCAUCACCUCCGUGCUACUCAGAUUUGCAUUAACUGCUCUUUGCUUUAGUGAUCAUUACAAUAGUAGCAGUGAUUUGGGUAUUUGUGUUAUCUCAACUGCUCAGUGUACUUACUGCACUGCCUCCUCUCUUAAUGGUUUGCAUUACUGGGUCUGCUCAUGCAGUCCUGGGAUGAUGCUGAUGUUGGAAUAUCUGUUCUGCAUGAGUCCCUGAGUGUAGAAAUAAGCUGGAAGAGGUUUUAGGGUAGAAUUGGCUAAAUCGUGACACCAGUUACAAUGAGCGGCGUUUUUAAAACACUUCUUGGGUAUUUCUGUGGAAGAAAAUAAUUUCUCAGAGUUUCUGCAUGUUAGGAGAAGCAUAACUGCAUCCUUUUACUGAAUGGGUUUAUUCCUGUGCUUCACUUACAAAAAGGAGUUACAAAAUUUCGCAUACCAAAAAUUUCCAAGAAGACAGCUGUCAGGGGGUGACAUGUCAGAUAUGAAGUGGCUCUCCAGCUGGUCCCUGUCUGCAUGCUGGGAAGGCAUGUGGAGACAUUUUUUCAAUUGCUGUACUAGUUUGACACAUUCACAGUGGAAAAUGAUGUAUCAUUCUUGAGCCUUUGGUUGGUGGACACUUCAAAGUGCACUGGAUCCUCAGAGAGGAGUGCCCUAUUGUUAAUUGUUCCUUUCACAUGUACAUUGGGAUGAACAUGGUGAGAGCAGUGAGGAACAAAAGGGCUCCGGUGGUCUCUUAGGGAAAACCCUGUGCAGCUCAACCUGAGUCUGACCUUGAAAGGGUGGGUUGCUCUGCUUCUUAAAUCCUGCUUGCUGGUUCAUUCCUCUUCAGCUCCCUGCCGUUUCCCAGCUGCAGGAGAAAGGGAUGCUGGAAUGGCAAGUGUGGUGAGGCACGGGAAGCUGCCACGUGGUGGCCAAGGAGCUGUGACCAGGGCAAGUGGCCCUCCUGGAAGGCACAGGCUUAGAUGGACACUAGGAGAGAGCUUCCCCAUACACACAGCCAUAAAUCCUCUAUCUUUCCUGUAAAUCUAUAAUUGGAUAUUGGACUCACAGUAUGUGACAUGAGUUUCUUAGGCCUCUGAGGACAUGGUUCAUUAACACCCUGAGAUGUUAAUGAAUGUGCUACCAGGCACCUGUCCCACAUCUCUCUUUUUAUCUUCCUUCCCUGGACACACCACUUGGGGAUAAGUGUACAUGUUGUCCAGAGUGUGGUCAAAUGCUCUAACACAGCAGGAAAUUUGUUCCUUCAAACAGAGAUGUGAACCCUUGAUGUGCAUCUUGUCAAAUGUGCUAGAAAACACUUCUCUGUAAACUCAGCUGCAGAAGAAGGACCUGUGUCAAGUCACAAAGAGGCCAGGCCCCAGCUAGUGUAUCCCAAAAUAGAUGCUUGAGCAGGUGACUGGAAACUCUCCCCACUGAAGAUCUUACUGGAGAAGAUUGCACGUAGACAUGUGUCAUGAUGGUGUGAGGCAGAUGAUGGAAAGUUAGCUGCACUAGGUCUCCUGGGGAGGAGCUGCUUUUGGAAUAGAAACUGGGAGGAGAUAAGCACCAGUGCCUCCAGCACUGUAAGUAAGGGCAAAGCUGCUCCUCACUCUGCCAAUAUAAUCCCGUCUCAGAUAGCACAGAGGUACCCUCAAGGCUUUCUGCCUUGCCAUCACAUUGCAACCCACUGCAGUAGUGCAAAGGCUCUGUAGCAUCUUCUGCUGUGCAGUGUCCUGGCCCAAGGUCUCCCCAGAUCUGCAGCACCUGAAUGCUGGCACUGAAAUAUACAGCUUGGGUUGGACUGGGAAAAAUGGUGUGAAAAUGGGGUGGCAGCGCUGAGCACACUGGCAUAGGAAGACUUGAGGAGUCCUCAGCCCAGCAUACAGUGGUACAGUCUAGAUCUUGUCCUUCUCUAAAGAAAACUGGACUAAAAGAAAUAAAUGCAAAAUGUUGCAUUUUUCAGCUCUCAGACCUUUGGUGCCUUAUGUUAGCAAAGAAGACUUUACUUGCAAAAUGAAAGGUAGCUGGGACUUCAGUCCCUGCUUUCCCAGGCCUGGCAGCCUCUCCCUGGCUGUAGGCAUGCUUAGCCUGCCACUGUCCCUCUCCUCCCAUCCCUGGGAUGCUGCAGGCAGGGAAGCAGGAGCUACCUGUGGGAGGCAGUGGAUCCCAGGCUGGUACAUGGGGCUGCAGAGCUCCACAUCACCCAUGUAUAUCAAGGGCAGCCAUCCUGCUCUCCUAUUCCCCCAGCUCCCGGUUUUGCUUUGCUAUUAAGUUAUUGCCACCCCUCAGGGACAAGCCUGCACGAAGGCAGAGGGCUCACAUAGCUAUGCAUCAGUAAAGGAAGCAGCUCAAUUAGCAUUUCACACGCCUUUUCUUCCCUCUCUUCUUACCUUCCCUGCAGCGGGCAUGCUUUCCCCUUAAAGGAUUGUCCUGUUUCUGCUCCUUGCCAGCGUUGGCAGGGUGACAGUAGUCGAGUGUGCAAACUUGUGCUAUUGUCCCCAGGCCAGGGGGAGUCAUGGAGACCCACUAAUAUGACACAGGAAAAUGUUUGCUGAUGGCAAUUCUAUGGGCUUUGUCUAACUCUUUCUCCAUCAUGACGACUCGAUUUAAGUCUCUAACUGUUUGACUACAGAUGCAAGAGUACUAUCCAACUCCAUCCUUUUGUCCGGGUAGUUUGAAUGGGUAAUUCAGCUUUUGUGUAACUCAAUUGAGGGGGCAAACAUAAAGACAAGAUUCUUGAGCGCUCAAGCUCCCUUUCCAUGGAUAUCUGCACAUCUCUUUAGAGAUUUGUUCCUUUCCUACCUUUUUCUGACAUCAUCCUCCCCUUAAAAAAAAAGUCUCUGAUGGGGAACGGUUAAAAGUAGGCUAGCCUGUUUCCCCGUAUUACAUUGUCCUGUGCCAAUGAAGCAUGGUCAGUAUCAGCCCCCAGACAGCUUCAGGGAGUGCAUAGAAAAGGGUGCCUAAACUUUCCUAACUCAUCGUCGGCACUUUUCCUUUGGAUUGUGCCUUUAAAAAAGAAAGGCCUUGGUAGGGGUGAAGAGGAUAGGGGAGAAUGGUAGAAAUCGCGGGGAAAUGAUUGUAUUUAUUAGCUGUCUUUCUGUGGCUGUCCCCAUGGUGACAAUUUGUGAUGGCAAAGAAUGUGAGAAGGGGAGGCUGAUGCCUGAUUGGGAUGCUUUGUAUUUGGCAAAGUGGCUCCUGAUUGGUCUGAGAGAGCCCCGAACUCAGCAGAGUCGAUAUUCAUUCAGCUUGCUCAAGUGCUCGCUCAACUGCCUCCACACACACCGGCUGCCUCCGUUGGGCCUGGCAGUGUGUAACCUGCCUAACAAGAUUAGCAGGAAGGGGCUCUUCUUCACCAGCACCCACCGGAAAGCCCCAGCGUGCCGGGUGAGUGUCCGCGCUUGCUUGCAGGGACACGAGAGCAGCUGCCUUGGCUUCUUCUUCCCACCUAUGCCUCACCUAAUGAGAUUAAGUGAGCAGCCCUGUGCCGGGGCAGUGCUGCGGGGCUGCAGGUGCAUGGCAGCCUGCCUGCACAAAGGUGAGCUGGCGGACAACCUGUAUGCUUAGCUGAGAAGUUUGACAUCUUCUCUCCACCUCCUGCAGUGUUCUUGAUGCUUUUUGAAUGCAGGCUUCACACUCUGAGUCUGCCCACCGUGUCUUGCAGGUUGGCCAAGGCUUGCCUGAAACGGAUUAUAAACAUUUAAUGGGAAAUUCUGCACAGCACAUCUAGUGAAAUGGCAUCGGACAGCGAGGUAAAAACCCUGCUGAACUUUGUCAACCUGGCCUCUAGUGACAUCAAGGCAGCCCUGGAUAAAUCUGCUCCCUGCCGCCGGUCGGUGGACCACAGGAAAUAUUUGCAGAAGCAGCUGAAGCGUUUUUCUCAGAAGUACUCACGGGUGCCACGGUGCCACCCUGCCAAGCCCCUGGAAUGUGGCCCACGCCGUGGAGCAGAGGACAGGGCCCGCAGCUGCCAGCCUGAGAUGCCCGACCCUGGCCCCCUCAGUGGGGCUGCCACUGAGAAGGUGCUGCAGGCAGCCGAGACGGAGGAGAGCCUGGUGGGGGAGCAGGCUGUGCCAGAGCAAAACCCUGAGGUCAACAGGCCAGACCAGGUGCCCAUGAGGAAACGACAGCUUCCUGCCUCCUUCUGGGAAGAGCCGCGGCCGCCACAGAGCCUCCCUGCCAGGGGCUUCCACCCGGGCCCCGAGGGGCUACCAGUCCCCAGGGACCCUCCUCCCUUUGAGGGGAAGAAAAGCAAAAGGAACCAAGACAGUAUUGGACCUGAGAGUCAUGAGCCUGCCCUGAAUGCAGGGGAGAAAGACGCCACUGGCGUACUCUCAGGCCAGGUGGGUGCCUGGACCUGCUGCCCCUUCCCCUGCCCUGGGCCAGCUGUUUACCAACCCCCUGGAACGCUGCAUCCAUCGCCUUUCCCAGGGCUAGGGCUGUGGAGGAAGGGCACUGCCACACUGCCAGCCGAGGCACAGCCCUUCUGCAAGGAGGCAGAGGGCACAGGACAGAAACUCUACAGGCCUGUGGUUUUGAAACCCAUCCCUACCAAGCCUACCAUCCCUCCACCGAUUUUCAAUGUUUUUGGCUACCUUUAGCCAGAGGAAAGGGCCAGAGUGUGUGACACUGGACAGAACAACCCCUUAGAGGGAGUUGAGCAUCAGGUUGGCCAAUGGGCACAAGGAGCUGGUCGUGUGCGGAAGGAGCUUCCAUCCAGAGAUGGUAUUGGCCCCUGUACAGGCUGGAGUGAAUUAGUAACUGUACAGCUUCCAUCUUCUCCUCCCAUGCAGGUAAAAAUCAGGAAUAAGCCCUAUGAAUCUGGUGGUAUGGCAUGUGUGGCAAAUCAGACCUUUUUUAUGGAAGCACACUGUUGGAGCCAUGGCAAGCAGGGCUCAGCCACUCGCAAUUUCGCUGCAAUUGUAACACCUCGGAGACCUCUUCCAUGUGGGAGCAUCUUCCCGGGUUGCCCUGCAGGCACAGCACUGAAAUGAAAUGAAUUAAACUCACUGAAACUGUUUUUAUACAUUUAAGUAAUUCCGGAGAAGUCAAGAUAUUCAGGUCACUUCCUUUUGCGUGCAAGAGACUGGAAGGACAGUAUUUAAUGUGGAAACUACAUUUGUGAAUUGAUUUAAGCUCUUCUUGUGUGUAAAUACUAAGAGAAUUGAAAGAAAAA